AGAGCCCCAGCCUGGUUAUGGUCACAUCAUCAUUGUAGUUGAUUAGUCUUUUUACACGAUCCGUAGCUGCAAAGUGCAUUGAGAAUUUAAUAAUUUGUAUUGUCGUUUUCGCAUUUUUUGAUUUGCAUUUACACGUUCCCGAGUAAAAUCACAAAGAUGGCGCCGAUUAGCGAAUUGGAGGCUGCAAACCUUUGGGAGGCAAGCGGUGAGGGUGACCUGCCUGUGGUCAGGCAAAUGAUGAAGAGCGGAAAAUACUCUCCGAUUUCUAUCGACCACAAUGGAUACAACCCCUUAAUGGCCAGCCUUUCGUGGGGGCACAUCGACCUCUUCGACUUUCUUGUCAAGAAUCUCACAGGUUUAUGAAUCUGACAUUUGAAACUUUUUUACUCACUUGAAUUUGAAUAUUGUGAUGAAAACUCAAAUACUAUUAAGACUCAAUAAAAACUGUAGUUGCAACCAGAAAUACCUAAGUAACCCGCCCUCCGAGUCCGAGAAUCAUAGUGAUGGCACUAAAACCCAACUUGAGCCGGUUCUUCUUGCACAAGAACGACUCCUGUUUUACUGAAGCACAAUGUGAAGGUGAACGUGAACUUUGUACUAAAAAUACUUUCAUCUUAUUAAUUCUUGUGGUAAUCUAAAUCUUCCCGUACCCGUGCUGCAAUAUUCACUUAGAAGACGGAAAAACUCGAAAUGUGAUUAUUCUCCUAUCAUAUUCGCAUUCUUCAUACUCUGCUGACCCCUGUAACCGAACGUUGAGCGAGAUUUGUGCCGUGGAGGAAAAAAUGCUUAUACGGCUGAGUGACGGCACCGAAGAUCCCUACGACAGCAAAGACGAUGCAACGAAAGAGAUCCAUUUGAGGCACAAAGCCGCCCAUCAAAGGGCUGCAGAGGCGGCUGAGCAGGCAGCAGCCGGAGGAAAUAAGACGAAGAUGGAAGCCAAUUGUACAAAAAAUUGCGAGCAGCACGAGACAACUAAGCCCUCUACUACGCCUACCUCAACAUCCUCUGCAUCGUCGUCCAAUCAAGACGAGGAGCCUGUUGUUAGCGGCGAGAAGAAAAAUGAGGCUGCUUCUACUUCGACCUGUUCGUUUUCAAAUGGUGCAAUUCCAGCGACAAAGAAAGUUGCAGAGGAGAGCAAAGGCACAUUCGCAGCCACGACAGGAACCGUGUCUGCUGCGCAAUCUGCUUCAUGCAGCGCGACGAAAACCGCUGCUGUGGCUGAUGCCGAAAAAACCCCUACAACUAGAACUACACCUACACCAGCCUGCGUUGCUGAGACGACAGAGAACGCCGCAUCCACCUUGAGUUCCUCGUCAGGGUCAGCCAACAAGGCAAAUCCAAAUGACGACGAGAAAAACGAUAAGUCCGCGGCGUCGUCAUCAACUUCGUCAGACGUAAAUGAGGACGACAUGCUGGACGACUUAGUUGACGAGCAGGAAGGAGGAUGGGAGAGGGACGUGCUAUCCGUGGACGUCCAGGAAGAUCUCCACGACUUCAUUCGAGUUUUAAAAAGACUCAGGCAGAUCGACGAAGACAUCAAGGCAGACGAGAAGAAGAGAACCCUGGACGAGACCCGGAGUGAGAUAGUAGCGGUAGCACUCACAGCUGCGGAUAUGGAAGGUAACAACUUGCGCCAAAAGCCUGAUUAUAUAUAUUUAUAUAUUAAUAUAUAAUAUCUUCACGACAAGUGUCCCGUGGUAAAUGUAAAUCUCGAUUGAAGUAGAUCUUCAUGGUCUGGCAAGUUCAACUUCUUGUUCUUUACUAUCAGUCAGUCUGUAGCACCAGGAAUACUAGCUCUACUCGAAGGACUCGACGCACUCCGUCUCUUAUUAUAUCUACUUUUACUUACUUAGGUGGGCCUCCAGCUACUGCUGCUACAUGUUCGUUCUACAUUUUCCUUCAUUGGUGGCCUCUUCUUACCAUUUUUUACAGGUGACACUGCUUAUCAUUAUUUUGCGACUAGUGCGGGGGAUAUCCCUCUUGUUCUUACCUUUUUUUACAGGUGACACUGCUUAUCAUCAUUUUGCGACUAGUGCGGGAGAUAUCGGUAAUGAGCAGACACGAAAAAACAUCCUGAAUCGCCUCAAAGCAUACAAAGCAGACCCGGAAAAAACAAACUUUGGUACUACAAACAUGAUGUUGAUGGCUCGGUUUACUUUGAAUUGAUAACUACGUGAAUUUUCUUGUUCUUCUUGCAGUUCCUCCGCGCAAAUUAUAAUAACUUCUUGGUGCUGCUACUGCUAGUCGUGGACUAUGCCUCACAUAGAAGAUCGAAAUUCCAAAAACAGAGGGCUUGACCGCGUUUGAUAUGUCGAGGGAGCACGACUUCGAAUCUGCAGCGUGGUUUUUCGUUGCGCAUGGAAAAGAAGCGCCGAAAGAGCCUACCCUCCAAGACGCAGAUAUCACAGAGGACGACUGGUAUUGCAGCUUAGCGUAACAAAUAUGAAAUACUUAUACUAUAUGGUAUAUUUAUUUACUCACUUCUAGGACGCACUGCAAUUGAAUAGUUCUGGUAUUUGGUAGCCUGAUUUUGAUCAUAAGGAAAACAAGAAGAGAAUCCUUGUGAUCAAAUUCAGGCUACCAAAUACCGGAACCAUUCAGCAAUGGAAGGCAAGACGAGGCACGUUUCUUUUCAAUUGAUGAAUUUAAAUCUCAAUGUCCAUAAUUUGAAUCAUAAAAAGAUUGACUUGUUUAACGGCUUGCUUUACUACCGAAUUUCAGGGGCGAAGAGGAGGACGACGAGAUGGAUGUCGUGGAUGGUAAUAUCGAAUUACACUGAUCGCUACGCAGUAAAGUCGCUCUUGCAACAUAGCUCAGACUCAAACUUUGCGUUAGCACCAGCACCAUUCUUGGACUUGCUUAAGGUUUUGGUUGGACAGAGUAAAACUAAUGAAAAUCGCUGCAGACAAUAGAUGAUAAAGAUAAAGUGAUGUUUUUCGCGUGAAGGUAAUUGAACCACUGGAGGUAACUUGGUGUUCGGAGAACGUGCUUAACAACAAAUAAGUAUCUUCCGUCGGGAAUUGACGAAGUGAUGUCUCAUACUUACUCUAUAGCAGAAAAGAGAUAUCAUGGUCAACAUGCAUGCUUUGUUUAUAGCGUUGUCGACGUUGCUGCUACGCCAACGCUACAACAGUUUUCUUAUUUGUAUCACGGCAAUACCGCGCGGACGCAGCACAUAAAUAUCAGCCUGUCGUGCAACAAAAACAAUUACGAGAGAAGUAGUCAGAGGCGUGACAAUGUUGAGUAGAGCGCUUCUUCUAUAGGAACGUAAUGAUGAUUGGUAGGUACUCGUAGAAUAAGAAUCGAUGCACCCCCAGCACGCCCACCCGUCUCACUGCCUAUGACCAUCCCCGACGUGGAGGUUUCUCCCCGCGCCUUCUUCCUCGGAAUAAUGGAUACCCGACGCAAUGUCCACGCCACAAAACAUCAAAGCCUCUCCUUUCACUUUGUACGAAAUUAUACUAAUUAGAGUACAGUCAACAUGGUGACCAUUGUUGCGCUCAUAAAUGAUCAGUGGAGGCAAGUACUUCUCUUACAACAUUGAAGCAGCUCCGACAUUUCUCUGAAG